AUGAAGGUACAAUCGAUUAUCCUGAGCCUGGCGGCUCUGGCCUCCGGUCAUACCAUCUUCCAGAAGAUGUCCGUUAACGGGGUAGAUCAAGGCCAGCUCAAGGGUGUUCGUGCUCCUGAUAGCGAUUACCCUAUCCAAAACGUCAAUGAUGCCUCUUUUGCAUGCAACAAGGAUCUCAAGCAUGUUGAUAGCACCGUCAUCACCGUCCCAGCUGGAGCGAAAGUUGGUGCAUGGUGGGGGCAUGUUAUUGGGGGUGCGCAGUCAGCAAAUGACCCAGACAAUCCCAUUGCGAAGAGCCACAAAGGCCCCAUCAUUGUAUACCUUGCCAAGGUGGACAAUGCUGCUACGGCCCAGGCAACCGGUCUUAAAUGGUUCAAGGUAGCCGAAGACGGGCUAAGCAACGGGCAGUGGGGAGUCGAUAAGAUGAUCUCUAACAACGGAUGGCAUUACUUCACGAUGCCCCAAUGCAUUGCACCAGGCGAUUACCUAAUGCGCGUGGAAUUAAUCGCUCUACACGGCGCCCAAAACCAAGGACAAGCUCAGUUCUAUAUGGAAUGCGCUCAAAUCCGCAUCACUGGCUCCGGGACCAACGCCGGUUCAGACUUUGUUAGCUUCCCCGGAGCAUACAAGGCGAGCGACCCCGGUAUUCUCGUUUCCAUCUACGACACAACCGGAAACCCGUACAUGGGCGGGAAACAGUACACGAUCCCGGGCCCGAAGGUACUCACUUGCUAG